AUGGGAAAGAACAAGAAGAAGAGUGCCAAAAAACAGCACCAGACAGCGCCAGAAAAUGCCAAUUCUAAAGGUCAAAAGGCAGAUGAACAUCAAGCGGAACAUGUUCAAAGUUCCCGAGAUAUCAAGGACCAGUCUCUAGAAACGUCAUCCCAGGAAGCAAAAGAUGCGAGCAAUGGCGAUGGAACAGCCGCAGCUCCGGUGUCCAGUAAUGAAGAAAUGGACAGGCUACGUGAAGAAAUACAGGCUCUUAAGUCUGAGCUGGCGCUUGAAAGGGAGCUGAGACAGACGCAGAAAGACGGCAAUGUUGCCGUGCCAUCCCCGUUCACUGACUCGCAGGAGUACAAUGACCUUAAAGCUGAGCGCGAUGAGUUUGAAGCUCAAUACAACAACCUGCUGAACAGAAUAUCGUCGAUGAAGAAUGUGUUCAGCAAAAUGAAGGAGUCGCAACAAGAGCUAGAGGCCGUGAAGGAGCAGCUAUCGGAGUAUGAGUCCCAAAAUGUGAGGCUAAAAGAAAAAGUCGAUAUACUGAACAAGGAAAGAAAAGACCUUGAAGAAACCAUCACCACGUUGAACCUUGAGUACUCAAACCUGGACGAGGAGCGCGAAAGCGCGCAGAGGCGGUGUACCUCCUAUAAAAAUGAGCUGGAAUCGCUGGCUGAAAGGCUUGAGAGAGAGUCAGAGAAGCAUCGCCAAGAAUUAAAGUCGAUCGUGGAUGAAAAAAACCAAUUGGAUAGUCAACUGCAGGACAUGGUGAUCGUACUCAAGAGCAGCAGGCAGGAUUUGUCCACGCUAAGAGCUGAGAAAGAGGACCUGUCCUCGGCAGUUAAGACUCUUGAAGAGGAGAAAAAGACUUUGCAAGAAAAUAUACGAUCGCUCGAAGCAGAUCUGGAAAAUGCCUUCGGCAGCUUCAAGCAGCAAUCCAAGCAAAACACUCUGGAGGUCAAUGCUCUCAGAUCUCAGCUCGACAAGAGCGAGGAAUCGAAUGCCCAGCUUUCCAAGACAAUCGAGCAAUUGAACAAAGAUAUCCAGUCGAUGAGUGAGGAUGUGUCUGGCAAGAAGAAGCUGGAACAAGAAUGCAAGGAACGCGUGCUGCAAAUAGGCAAGCUAAGACACGAGGCAAUCAUCCUGAAUGAGCAUCUGACAAAAGCUCUCACAAUGUUAAAGCAGUCCAGUGACUCAGAAUCAGUCGAUAAAGAGCUCAUAUCAAACCUCCUAGUAUCCUUUGUAUCCAUUCCUAGAGCCGAUCCGAAAAAAUUCGAAGUGCUUGAGCUGAUAUCAAGUUUCUUGAGUUGGGAUGAUGAUAAAAAGAGACAGGCAGGUCUAUUGCAUUACAAGGAACAGACUCCAAAGUCAGCAGGUUCCAUGUCAAGCACAGGGAACUUUGUGACGCUGUGGACCGAGUUUCUCGAGAAGGAAAGCGAAAAGUGA